AUGGAUCCAAAUAAUAUUCAUAGUCAGAGCUCUAGUUUAUUAGGACUGCUUCACAGUCAACAAGGGAGCGUUUACCAUGAAAACUUUCCUCAUGAAAGUUUUCAUGGUCGUAUUAACUUUGGUGAUUCUCAACCUAUCCCGUCAUUCAGUUCACAACCAUCUCAAGUACCACCAGUGGCCCGUGGUGUUAGACGCAAAUGGGACCCGGCUGAUGAUGAGGUGUUGAUUAGUGCGUGGCUCAACACUUCUAAAGAUUCCAUUGUAGCAAAUGAGCAGAAGUCGGGGACCUUCUGGGAUAGGGUUGCUCAUCUUUAUUCCUCAAGUCCUCAUGGAUUAGAGGAUGGCGAGAGAGAACCCGGGCAAUGUAAGAAAAGGUGGCAUAGAAUAAACGAUGACGUUAACAAGUUUUGUGCCGCAUACUCCGCAUCAGAGAGACAGCUUAGAAGUGGUGAGAGUGACACUGAUCUUCUAAAGAAGGCGCAUGAGAUCUUCUUUGCUGAUCAAGCUAAGAAGUUUACUUUUGAACAUGCGUGGUGUACGUUGAGAUUUGAACAGAAGUGGCUUUCCCUUAACGCACCUAAAGCUGGUGGCGGUGAGAAGAGGAAGAAUGUUGAGACAACGACCCAAGCUUCCACCACCGACGGUGUCGUUGAUGUUGACCCGAGGCCAGAAGGAAUCAAGGCUGCUAAGGCUAGAAGAAAUGGUGGUAAAGGAAAGUCUGUGUCUGACUAUGCGAGUGUUUGGGAAAUGAAGAAGGAGGACUGGAAAAUGAAGAAGGAGGACUUGGAGAGAAAGGAGAGACUGUCGAAGUUAUCUAUACUUGACACUCUCCUUGCCAAAACUGAACCAUUGAGUGAGGCGGAAGAAGCUGUGAAGAAUAAGCUUUUAGCGGAGUGUUUCUGA